AUGCGUCUCGUUUUUAUCACGAUGCUGCACGGCUUUUGUGUCUUGUUUCUUCCAGGACAACAAGCCUCAGAAAAGAAUAAGGCUAUAUAUGCUCUCGUGGCUAGAUCCUUGGACUUGCAGUCGGCCAUUUCUGACGUACUGGCAGAAUUGGGUGUUUUAGAAGAUCACCCGCACAUCACAUCCUCUGAUUUACCGCCCUGUGCUGCCUGUCUCUUGGUUGUAGUCUCAUUCGACCUUUGCUUUCCGCGUAGACCAUUCGGACGACGAAGUGAUGCUUUAAAAAUUCUUAGGAAAUAUAGUCAAUCUGGCAAAAUUGCCUCAGAUCUUCGAAGACUAGUUAAAAUGCGGGCAAAGAAGGUGGGUCCGAGGACAAAUUCCAUCCCUCGAGUUCCUCUGUUUUUGCGUUCCGUUGAGCCAAUGGAUAAAGUCAUAGAAACGUUGGGUUCUUCGGGCGACGAUAUCCACAAUCAGGUUGUCUACGAUCGGGAGAAAACUUCUUACAAAAAAUUCAUUAAACUGGUACGAAAUCUUAAAAAGAAUGAAUUCGUACGAGAUUAUCACUUUCCAAGUCUUAUCAUAGUACUUCCCCCUGGUACAGAUUUGCAUCUUUCACCGGUGAUCACUUCUAACUCGGCUGUAAUUCAAGAUAAGGCAAGUUGUGUGCCGCCUCUAGUUCUUCUGGAUGCUCUCGAGUUACCUCGAUCCCAGCCGCUUAAAAUAUUGGAUGCCUGCGCUGCUCCUGGUAAUAAAGCUACCCUCAUUUUGUCCGGACUUAAACGUCUUGCUCAAAAGGGUUGUCUUAUGGCCCUAGACCGUGAUAAAAAAAGGUUCAAACAGCUUUGUUCUAAUCUGCGCCGGAUGCAUGAUGGUAUCUUGAAGGUGAACGGUGUGAUAGAGGGCGGGGAAGUUGGCAAAAAAAACUCUGGUAGAGUCAUUUGUGAGGCCUUCCCUCGAGAUUUCCUUACCGUCGAUCCUUUGAAUGAGGAAGCGUUUGCAGAUGUCAAGGCUAUUCUCGUGGAUCCUACAUGUUCAAACUCGGGUCUAUGUUGUAAACGCCCAGAAUUGGCUAUUCAGGGGCAAGAAGACGAGGCGGCGCGUGUAGCACGAUUGGCCAACCUCCAGGCCAAAAUUCUUCGGCACGCUCUUUCCUUCCCCUCCGUCGAGGAAAACGAGGCAGUGGUUCUUGAUCUAAUGAAGUCUGGUGCAGCGGCAGAUUUUGAGCUAGUGUCAAUCUGGGAUACGAACAAAAAUACAGGACAGACGGGAUCAAGGACAGGGACCACUGCUGCACCAAAACUUUUCGCUCCACUAGCUCCUUGGAAGAGGCGAGGUGUUGUUGAAGAUGGCAACGACGAUGCCUCGAAGAUGAUGGCAAGGUGUUUGCGAUCGUCCACAGAAAAGGACCUUACUGUUGGUUUCUUUGUGGCCUGCUUCAAACGCCGAAAAUAA